AAGGUAGCUAGUGCCGUAGUGCGGAUAGGAAGAGAGAAUGGCAGCAAACGUUUUGAAAUGCGGCGCGGGCAUAGGAGCCCGUGUGAUAUUCCUCUGGCCGUCUCCUAAAUCUCCACGCCCCUUUCCUCGUUUCAACCAGAUCACUGCGAAUAGUUAUCCUAGUAUUUGUAGCAAACCACUAUCAUCAGCAAGAACAAGAAGCGCGGUCUGUUUUUGCACCGCCACUUCGGCCACAGAGGCAGAGGCGAUAAGCGAUGCUGAUGUGGAACAUAAAAAGAUAAAGGAUGCAGCCGACCUGCUUGACAUAAGGGUUGGGGUGAUCCUCAGGGCAUGGAGGCAUGAGGAAGCCGAUUCUCUUUACGUGGAAGAGGUUGACAUUGGAGAGCCUGAACCCAGAAUCAUCUGCAGUGGGCUUGUCAAUUACAUUCCCAUUGAUCACCUUCAGGAGAGAAAAGUAGUUGUCCUUGCUAAUCUGAAGCCCAGGAAUAUGCGGGGUGUCAAGUCUUGUGGAAUGCUAAUGGCCGCUUCUGAUGCCUCCCAUGAAAAAGUUGAGCUUCUUGAGCCUCCUGAGGGUUCACUUCCUGGCCAAAGGAUAUGGUUUGGCUCUGAAAAUGAUCAUCAAAAUCAGCCUCCUCCUGCCACACCUAACCAGAUUCAAAAGAAAAAGAUAUGGGAGCUGGUGCAACCUCAUCUGAAGACAGAUGAUGCUUGUAGUGCUAUGCUUGGGGUGCAGAUAAUGCGGACUUCUGCAGGUGUGAUUAUCUGCAGAUCUCUAAAACAUGCAAAUAUCUCCUAAUUAGACCUGGAAGCUGGAACUUAAUACUGUUACUCUGUCUCAUAUUCUUGUUGCCAAUUUGUUAGAAUUCAUAAGAGCCAUAUUGUACUUCAGAACUGUUCUGUUAAGAAAUGGCAUUGCUUAUUACUAGAACGUCUGAUUUGGGGCUUAUUAUGAGGGAUUUUCUACUUGUAUAUUUUAUUUUUAGGGUAAAUGGGAGCCCAAAGAAAGCAGAAAAAAGAAAAGAAAGCGGAAAUGACUUGUAGAGGAUAUCACUGUAGGUGACCCCAAGCCUCCAGGCUGCAUCAGUAGAAAAAGCCAACUGCUACAUUUUGGUCUAGGUAGCAUCGAAUAGACUCAGAGUAGACUGGCCUCAGCAAUUAACUUUAGGCAUCUUUUGCAAUGGAAAUUUGUUAUUAGGAUUUCAUAA